GAUGUGGGCUCGAUAAUAACACAAAAGUCAAAAUUUCAAAAAUAUGAAUUUUUAAUAUCAAAACUUUUUGCCUCGCUUUUCGUGAGUAUUUAAUGUAGAUUUCGAAAAGGAAGUUUUUUAAACAGGGGACUGGCGAUGUCGUGGGGGAAUAAUCGAGUAAGAGGCAACCCACAUAGUGUCCAGAAGGUAUUUAAUAAUCAACACAGGCAAACUUUAAUUCAUCUGAUCACUGAUUUUUAUCAUGCCCUUGUCAUCUUGUGAAUCGAGCCUUUUUAUUUUACUAAAUACUAUGAUUGUUUUUCCACAGUUACUUGAUGAGAAUGCACAACUUAUUCAGGUAAAAUAUUCUCACUAUAUAAAAUAAAUCUCAAAUUUUUAUUUCUCGAUUUGUUGUAUAAAUAAUAGUUUGAAUUAGUUAAUUUUAUUAAUUAAUGCUAUUAAUUAAUUAAUUAUAUUGAUUAGUAAUGAAUCAAUUAAUGGUAUUAAUUCAAGUAAUUAAUCUAUUAGAUAAUCUAUUAAUUACUGGUGGUUAAUUAGUUAUUAAAUCAAUUAAUUGGCAGUGGUUAAUUAAUUAUUAAUUAGUUAAUUAAUAUUAUAAGUUUUUGUUUUAGGCUAUUGUGGACUACCAAAACAAGGGGAAGGCUGCUGAGUGUGUUCAGUAAGUAUGAGGGCUUUGUUAUGUGGUGCAGUUUUUCAUAAUAAUAUCAACUAAUAUCCAAUCAACUAUGCAAUUAUACUCCGCCAGCUUUUCAAUAUGGCAUUGAUAGCUUUUGCCGAUCAUUUCCCACAUGAUUAACAUACUUUUUGCGUGAUUGCAUAACAUGAUUGCAUAAUUUUUGGAAAAGCAUGCAACUGAAAAAUGUACUUGGGAAUUACUGUAAUAACAUACAUUUUGUUUCUAUUUGACAAAUAGCUGAUUGCUGACCAUUAUAAUCUAAACUGAUUCCGUGCAAUUUCUUGUGAUGUAUAGCAGAGCCAUAAACCUUUUGCUAAUUGUCCAGCAAACAGCCAAACACUAAAUGUGUUUAUUUAAAAUGUUGACAUUGUUUUCACUUGUUUUAGGUAUCAACAGCUUCUUCACAAGAAUCUGAUGUAUCUGGCCAGUCUUGCUGACUCAACUCAAAAUAUUCAAGCAAUGUUGCCACCUGUAUGUGUCAUUAAGUAGUAUCACUUAUUUCAUAAAAUAAUAAAGGCACAUUGCAGUGCAAUUCAACUCAAUGGGUUAAUAAAUUAACAUCUAAUUGUGCAAAAUCUGUUUUUCAGCCUCCUACGUCAAACCAGGUGUCUAAUAUUACACCUGCAUCUUCUGCCAUGGGAGUACCCUCAAAUAAUGUACCUGGAAAUCUACAGGACAGGAAGGGACAAGCAGGUAUAUCCAUGGAUCAAAGUUCAGCAGGAAUACCCAUGACAUCACAAGUCAUCUCAUCCACUGUAUCACAGAUGACCAGUGGUAUACACACCUCACCAGCACCAAUGACCACUGCUUCUGGUGAUGGUACUAGCAAUGUAUAUGGUGAGUAAUGAUAAAACUUAUAUCCAAGUACAUAGGCGUAGAGUUUUUGUUUUGUCUUGGGGGGCUGAAAAUUUUUUUUUCGGACAACAACCUUCCCCCUUUAGGUAAAAAUUGACAAGUACAUUGCAAUUGCUCCGGUACUUACCUCAAUUUUCAUACCAAACAGUAUUAGCACAAAAACAACAACAACAUUACAGCUAUUAGUUCUGCAAAGGCCUCGGGGCUAAGACCCUGCAAGAUUUAGGACCCAACCCCCCAUACUCUACGCCUAUGUCCAAGUAGGAAUGCACAAGAGCCAAUCCUGAUCCUGAUCAAUGAGAUAAAAAAUCCUGAUCAAUGAGAUAAAUAAUAAUUUUUUUAAAAAUUCAUAAAGAGCCCCAACCCACUUCAAACUUUCUGACAAUUGUUGAAAAUCAUUUUCUGACAAUUGUUGAAAAUCAUUUCCAUUGCCAAAACAGUUAGUCUUAACUGCUAAAAAUUUGUUGAAAAAUUUCAGCAAAAAUGCAAACGGGGGACCACAGGCAUCCCUAGGGUGAAUAAAGGGGCAACCACAGGAAAUUUUUUAAAAAUUCAUAAAGAGCCCCAACCCAUUUCAAACUUUCUGAUAAUUGUCGAAAACCAUUUCUCUCAUCAAAACAGUUAUAGUUUCAAAAAAUUUGGAAAAUUUUGGUAAAAUGCCAUGGGAGGAUCACAGGAAUUUUUUUAAAAAUUAAAAAAUGCCUCAACGAAAUGCCUCGAUGUACUCUAAACUUUCUGAAAAUUGUUGAAAACCAUUUCAUUCAGUGAAACAAUGCUGGUUUUUUGUAGGUGGAAAUGUCAAUAUGAGCUCACAGUCUUUGGAUGCUUCCUCACCACCUGCACCAGGGUACCCAGGAAAUGUUAAUCAAAUGAUGGCGCCGAGCCUGGCCGCGACAGGGCAGACUAUCAUGCAAGGACAACAACAAAAUUACAUGCCUAACGUGCAUCCAACACGCAUGCAACAACAAGGACAACAGUUUAUGAUGCAACAAGGUGUUGGUAUGGGUUACAACAGACCACCCGUACAAAUGCACCCAUCCCAGUCAGCGCAUCACCAACAACAGAUGAACCAACCAUAUACGGGAAAUCCAGGACUUGCAGGUCAAUCAGGCAUGGUCGGUUAUCAGCAAGCCGCGGCAUCCUAUGAUCAAUACAACCCUAUGCAACAACAUAUGAAUAUUGCGGGAUAUAAUAAUCCAUAUGUACCUCAGUAAGCAGACAUGUAUAUAAUAUAGUUAUUAUUCGCCAAACAUAGACUGUAAUAUGUUUUAUUUUUACCUCCAAUUUUAACACGUUAACCUUUACUUUUUCCCAAUUUGACCAAAAUUGGACAAGAAGUAGCCCCUUGAUAUUUUGGUCAUUUUUUACCACUGUUCCACCCGUCUUUUCAUCCAAAUUAUAGAAUGUGGAACAGUGUUUUCGUCUAACUAACUAACUAACUAACUAACUAACUAACUAACUAACUAACUAACUAACUAACUAACUAACUAACUAACUAACUAACUAACUAACUAACUAACUAACUAACUAACUAACUAACUAACUAACUAACUAUACAUUUCAUGCGUUUAGAUUAAAAAUAAAAAAGUGGCUAAAAAUGGAUGAAUAGUUAAGGGUUAGCCUUUAGUUUUUGCCCCUUUUUCAAAAUCAAAAAGUGGUUAAUAUUGGCUGAAAAGUUAAGGGGUUAGCCUUUUGUUUUUUUGCCACUUUUACCCCUUUUUCAAAAUGGGGUAAAGUUUAGUUUUUGUGUUACGGCUACGGUUAGCGACUAACACUUUCAUAUACCUAGAAGUGGGAUGUUAAGAUGAUGAAUUUCGGGAUUGGGGGAAUGCUAUUAUAUAACUUCAUUAACUUAUGACACGCAUAAAACGUAUGCCAUGAACGUCUUUUGUUGUUUCAGAGUAUAUUCGUAUUUUGAGUGAUUUCUCAAUUAUCAAAUUAAUCAAAGCAUAUACUGAUAAAAAACCCUUGAAAUCAUAUCUUAUAAUAUCCGUUUGUUAAAGAGAAUAGGUCAUGACUCAAGCCUUUGUUUCAUAUAUUUAAUAUAAUAUAAUAUAAUAUAAUAUAAUAUAAUAUAUAAUAUAAUGAAUUUGUCACUUUAUACACGAUACAAACUAAUUAAUUAAAGACAAAUAAAAACAGAUACAAAUCGUGACAGGGGAAAGGAACAGGACUCUCGUCCCAAUUGACACCUAACCCCUAAAAAGACGUUAAAUAUAAAUAAAGAUAAAGAACAGGUUAUAACACAUUAGUUAUAACAACUUAUACUAGCUAAGGUUUGAAUCGUGACUAUAAAAGUACUGAACGUUUACACACUGCGACUUGCCCACUAUGCAGAUUACUAUUAUGAAUUAUUCAAAAUCAAUUUGGAAAUCACGAGUCAAUUUAUAACAUAUUUGUAAAUAUGAGAAUGGCCGGAUGAUGGUUCAAACAAAUCGCAAUGUGUAGACGCUGAUCACGCAGUGCCCGGAGGUACGUAAUGCGAUAACUUAGUAGAAUACAACUUAUGAAGAUGAGACUUGAAAAUACUUAAAGAAUUGGAGGAUUUGACAAGAGACGGUAGAGUGUUCCAUAGUUCAACCGUUCUAAUGAAAAAAGAAUUUCUAAAAUAGUCCUGCUUGUGUUUAAUUAUAAGAUUAUAGUUGUUUUUAUCAUAAUUUCUUGAUUGGUAUCCAGGUUCAAAAGUACAUAUAUAUUUGUUCACAUCAGUAGUAAUUGCUCCAGUUCUAGAUUUAAAAAGUAGGCAUAUGUCUGAGAUAUCUCUUCUGAACUCAAGAGGGAGAAUCUUGAUCUUCGCGAGUCUGUCGGCAUACGUUAGGUCCUGUGGAUAGUCAAGAAUAAACUUUGUUGCCCUC